AUGUCUACAAUGAAGCUUUUGGCCGGCGGUGCCAGACGACUGUCUACAGUAGUGUCACAAACUGCUAUUCAGCACCCGGGUAUCCCGGUAGUGGAUAUUCCCGUCUUCCAUGCACCUAACAUAUAUGACCAGGAACGGUACUGGACAAAAAUACCCGCCUGGCACGAGGUAUCUACAGACCAAUUUCUCAGCCAUAAGUGGCAAAUGAGCCACACUGUCCAGUCAGAAAAGGCACUGGUGGCGUUUCUUAAUACAGCCUUGCCAGAUGCCAUAUUGCCCCAGCGAGACAUGGCACCGCACCUUCGCAUUGCUGAUAUCCAGACACGGGAUCAGUUUGUAUCGCGCGUCUUGGAAGGUAUUCGAAAGGCGCCCAUGUCUGUGAGGUUGUCUCCUCAUAUUCUGAGCUCAAUUAACUGGCAGGAUCCUCUCAACGAUCCUAUUCGCCGCCAGUUUAUACCACUGUCGUCGCCGCUCAACGUCGACCAUCCUAAGCUAGGAUUGGACCCGUUACAAGAGACCUCACUAUCGCCCGUGCCAGGUCUUGUCCACCGCUACCCAGAACGGGUACUAUUUUUGUCGACCUCCAUCUGUCCCGUGUAUUGCCGCUUCUGCGUUCGCUCGUACAGCGUCGGCAAUGAGACAGACACUGUGAAGAAACAGCGAUUUCUUCCCAUUAUUAAAAAGUGGAAGACGCGCUUCCAGUACAUCGAGGCUACACCCACCAUUAAAGAUGUUAUUGUGUCUGGAGGAGACACAUAUAUCUUGGAACCGCAACAGCUCCGAUAUAUAGGAGAGCGGCUGCUCAGCAUACCACACAUCCGCCGCUUCCGUUUCGCGAGCAAGGGUCUCUCCGUAUCCCCAAGCCGCAUGUUGGACCCUGAAGAUGAUUGGAUUAAUACCGUCAUCGACCUGGAAAAGAAGGCUCGACGAAUGGGUAAGCAUGUCUGCAUCCAUACGCACUUUAAUACAGUCAACGAGAUUAGCUGGAUAUCCAAGCUUGGAGCACAACGCUUGUAUGAAGCCGGUGUGACUGUGCGCAACCAGACUGUUUUGUUAAAUGGUGUCAACAACACCUUUGAUAAGCUGCUGGCUCUUGUACAUGCCCUUGCGGAUAUGAAUAUUCAACCUUACUAUGUGUAUCAAGGCGACCCGGUCCCCGGCGCCGAAGACUUGCGUACACCCAUGAGCGAUAGUCUAGAGCUGGAGCGUCUUAUCCGUGGCCAGAUUUCGGGGUUUAUGGUUCCGAGCUUCAUUCUAGAUUCUGCGCAAGGUGGAAAGAGACUCGUGUCGCAUGUAGAAAAGUAUGACCGACAUCUUGGCAGGUCUACCAUGACGGUCCCUGGCCUCAAGGGUGAGCCAACGCAGAUUGAGUACUGGGAUCCGCUCUGGUCGCUGUCCGAUGAAGGGCGCAAUGAUAUUUUAAAGCUUCACGAUGCACGGGGAGAGAAGAGUGUUUGAAAUGAGCGUCUUGGAUAUAUGUGGGGCGUACAUCUUUCAUCUAGAUCUUGUGGUAUUCUUUCGCGCAUCUAUAUAAACGGGACAUAGAGCGAAACUCCAUAUAGUAAAUACACAUACACACACA